GCUGCAUCUGUUUGCAUACUAUUAUUCGGCAUGGAUCACGACACAUUUUGUGAGGUGCUGUAUGAGGACACAGUUCCGAAGACGGGCGAGGAUGACAAGAGUUCAUCGAAAUCUUCUACCUUGGAGGGGAUCGAUACAUCGGAUGGCAAGGAGUCUGACGGACAAGACCACCGCCUUGAAUUCCGUGCAAAGUACGCAUUGGUUACGUACAACCGUAGUCGUGUAGUUGAUCACAUGAAGUUCUAUGAGUAUCUUCAGUCUUCGAUCAACGCACGGCUUUUGUCCCAAGGAAAGGGUGCUAGCACGAGAAAGUUGUUUCUUUAUGGCGGACAGGAGUUGCAUCAGGAUGUUACGUCCCACUACCAUGUUGUCAUGGCUUUCAGUGAGAGACCGCACUGGAGAAACGCUCGAGAGAAGUUUGCAGUGAGUGUACCCGUCAACGGAGGGUCUGAGGUCGACACUCUGUCCAUUCGCAUUCAGCCUCUGAAGCGUGGUGAGACGCCGUCGCAUUUCCUCGACUGGACGCAAGCGUAUGUGUGCAAGGAAGGGAACAAGAUGUUUGGCGAGCGCAUUUAUGCGGAGAAUACGGUGUCGUCGAAGCGGAAGCGAGAUGGUGAGAUAUGGUCUCAGGCCAUUGAAAUGGAGGAUGAGGAUGGUACUAGAAAGCUGCUCAAGAAGCACUUUCCGCAAAAGUACAUCCAGUGCUACAUCAAGACGGAGAAGUUUAUUCAGAGUAAGAAGCGCAAGGUAGCAGUGGAGCAUGUCCCGGAUUUCCCUGUCAAGGGCUGGGUCGUACCUCCGGAGUUGCUGCAGUGGCGGAAGGAGAACUUCGGCAUCGGGCGUGUUGGUAGGCCUAUCAGUCUCAUUCUCAUAGGCCCUCCGAGGUGCGGCAAGACUCAGUGGGCGCUGUCGUUUGGCAGACCGGUGGAGAUGUCAAACAUGUUUUGUUUUGAUGCCUUGACAGAGGAUUGUACGCACCUUGUUGUAAACGAUAUGGUGGUGAAGAAUUUCAAGCCGUGGGAAGAGUUUAUGGGAGGGCAGAUGAGGGUUAACGCAAAGGGUAAGUACAGAGCAAAGAAAGUGGUGGAGUGGGGGAAGCCCACUAUCUGGACCUGUAAUAAGGAUAAUGAUCUGAGGAAGGACCCAGCGGUGAAGAGGUUUCUUGCGAGCUCGUCAGUUUUAGUGGUGGAAAUUGAUAAGAACCUAUGGUGUGAAGAUGAGAUUUAG